GUGCUGUGGAAAUUUGUGAACGAGAUUUCUAUUGUCAGCUUCCACUGGCAUUUGGCGCAUACUGUACAGGACCGAGAAAAUGGAUGAAUUGAGGCUCAAAGUGAUGGUGUGGAGUGGAAUCUACAAGUUACAUACUAAAAAUCGCCUUCUGGGUAUAUGCCACGACGUGUACAGAGUUCUAAUGAUAUUAUACAUGUCGAUAUACACUGCCCAGUAUUGCGUUUUCUUCUACAUGAAUGUUACACGUGGGGACGUAAUUAACUGGCGAGUGGCCGUAUUCAUUCUAACAAUGUUAAACAUGGUUGUAAAAGUCAUCACAAUUUACAUGCACCCUGAGAGCAUAGAUGAAAUACAUGAUUUAAUUAAAGAUCCUAUGUUUGCUGCAACAUGUAAGGAAGAUGAAGAUGUCAUCAAGAAAAAUGAACAUCACAUUGGUUUGUAUAUAAAAAUCAUGUACGUAGCGGUGAUUGCAUGCUUGUUUUUUUGGGUGGCUUUAAUGAUUGUCACCAGAGUUGUGGAUGACACUGCUAUACCCCCAUCGUAUUUUCCGUUUGCUACUAAUCCGUGGCCACAGUACAUAAUCGCUACAUUUGUGGAAACUGUGGGAUCCAACUUCUGGGCUGGAUUCGGGCACAUGAGUAUAGACUGCAGUGUAGCGUGCUACUACGGCCGCGCUACAGCUCAGCUGAGAAUUAUAAGAUAUCACUUGGAGCAUUUGUUUGACAACGGCGGAGCUCAGGGCCGUUUUCAAUAUAAAGAUGUUCUAGACAGAAGUUUAGACGAGAAAUUCGUUUACUAUAUUCGGCGCUAUCAAUAUGUCAAUAGGAUGAUUGAUAACGUGAGUGACGCUUUUAACUGGGGUAUAGCAUUUCAUUUAUGUAGCGUGACAACCGGCAUCGGUAUGUGUGUCUUUAUAAUAAGCACCAGAGACAUCUUCUCAUUGGAUAUGUUAUUUAUAGUUACCAUAUUUGUCCUUCUUCUAUUAGAAAAUUUUAUGUACUGUUACUGCGGAGACUUGGUGAAAAGCGAGAGCGAUCAGGUGUGCACGUCAAUGUACUUCAGUGAUUGGACAGUAGUGUCGCCGCGGUUCCGGCGUAUGAUGCUGAUAGCAAUGACUCGCUGGGCGCGUCCGAUCGAGCCUCGUGUGACCAUUGUACCCAUCUCACUCACCACAUUUUCAGCGAUUUUACGUUUCUCAUACACAUUGUACACUAUGAUGAAAACUAGAACGAUGUAG